AUGACGGCCGUUUUGGGUCUGCUUUUGGUCACCGCCGUUCGAGCCGGAAUCCCCGGCAUCAGUGGCGAAAUCGCGUCUUCCAACAUCCAGCAACAGCUGGAAGAUGAAGCUCAGGUGCUUUAUCUUUGGGAUAAAAAUGUCCGUAGAUUCACAAAAUGUGAAUGUAAAAGUUAUUUUUCUUUGAUGGGAAAGUUAUUCUAGGCUUAAUUUGCAGAAGGAAAGUGAGCGCCCCCGCUAUGGAUCUUUUUAAGUUCUAAUUUAUGAGAAAUCAAAAUAAUUUUUCGAAGUAAGCGCCAUAUAUCUGUCAAUCCUUUAAUUUGUAGAGAUAUUUGUGGAAGUUUGGCUAUUUCGCGCCCAGCAAGUCGAAACAAAUCAGCACGAAAACUUCAGAACUCACCAAGCAGGACUUUCAAGACGCUUUACAGUAAACUCAAGAGGAAUUAUUUUUCAACAAAACUCCUGGGACUUUCAGGCGAUUCCAAGCGUCGUUUCUCAUGUACCCGUCCGGCGUCGUCGACGUCCCAACGGUCGUCAAAAUGAACGAGUAUCGCUGCGCGAAUGCUGACCUCUCCAAGGGAGAAAUGAUUCCAGGUGAAAUAACUCAUUGUAUUUUGAUCUUUUACGACGAAUCUGCAAUUCAAAAAUUAUACUUUCUUUUCAGCUCUGAAAAAGAGCGAUUUGUGGUCGAAAAAGAUUUUGACUUGGAACGUCACUUCGAUGCCGGUGACCCUGACGGCGGCGCAAGUCAGGUUUUCGCUGCCUUUUUUGGGUUCCAACUGAGAGAACCACACAGAGGAGCGAGUGUCGAGGCGUUCGAAAAAUGGCGAAUCGCAACGGGCAUCGUGUUCAACGAGGUCCACGACGAAAAUAAAGCCGACGUCGUCAUUUCCUUCGAAGACGCGCCGAACAAUCUGUUGAAUAGUGCGUCGAAAAGAGACAUUAUUGCAAAUUACAACCUUUUUGGGCUUUUCAAUUGUUAUUCUCCCGAAAAAUCACAGCGGACGGAUCAAAUUAGUUCCUCUCGAGGAUAAAAAAAGCCUUUUUCGCUCUGAGUUUUACAAUUUUCUAGAUUUGAUGAAAAUUAACCAUUCCGCGCCAGCUAGUUUCUUUAUUCUACAAAAAACACCGUAUACUAAAUUUGACCGAGGUUUACUUCGAGCUUUAUAGACCUCGUGUUUACGGCCAUCUGCCUUCAAUCUUUGAAAAACGAAAAUAGAUUAUUUUCAUUUUAUCGAGCCAAAACACAAAAAAUUCAGUUGCUGCGAGUGGAUCAAAGCCUAUCAAAAGCCGAAUUUAUUUGGACAAGAACCAGUUAUGGGCCUAUCGCGAUCAUUUGCUGGUAAUGGUUGCAGCAUAUGAACCUCCCUGUCUGAAUUCUUUGCAGAGAGGCAUAUCCUUAUUCCAUACGUUGCUCCAUGAGAUUGGUCAUACGCUUGGUCUGUCGCACAACUUCUACAGAGGGUUCAUUUUGAGAUUAUUCUCUGGAUAACUCAUUCGAAUAACUUGAAGAUCCAUAAUGCACCCCAUUUUCAAGCCGGCUCUUCUGCCCUUUGGAACACUUGAUGGUGUACCGAAUACCGACAGACUUGCCAUUCGUCGACUUUAUGGUUUUUUUUGUUUUGAGUGAUUUCUCUCACUGAACUUCCGGCCGUAUGAUCUGAAGCCUUUAACCUUCAGACUAAGGGUCGGUGAUUUUCCCAAUUGCGACUUAAAAAAUUUUUCAUUUCGCUAGAAAAUUCCCGAUGAGUCAUUUCUGACUUUUUUUUCAAGAAAAAAAUUUUGAAAAGUUAAUGAUAAGACUUUUGAAAAUCAGAUUUCGAAUAUUUUUCAUAUUAUAGAGCAAUGUGUAUAUACUUUUAAACCAUUGAAACCUUACAACUGUAAAAAAUACCUUUUCAAACUUUCAAAACUUGAAAGAAUAGUCAUUAUAAAAAACCGGCCGACUUUUCAAGCGUGCCUAUUUCUUUAUGCCGUGUUCAAAGUAAUUUCCGCGAAAUGCAAAAUGGUCUCUGACCCUCCAAAAUUUAGUUAUCUUUCUCUUUUCUCUGACAGCUAUUUUGAAUUUCGCGGAAUCACUUUGAACACGGCAUUACUUUCUAUUUUCUUCGCAAAAAGCUUUCGUCGAAAUUCGAUUGAAAAAAUCAGAAAAUUAAUUAUUGUUGGUUUUUAUUUCAAAUCACUUUUUUCGGAAUUAAAAAUACUAGUAUCUCCAAAAAUUAAGUCGGUUAUUUUCAAUAUGGUUUCAAAAUAAACUUGCGACUACUCGGUGAGCUCACUGUGAGCUGUUCAAGCUCAAAAGUUUAGUUUAUUCCCAUCGCUCAGCCCUGCGCUUUUUUUCUUCGUUUCUUUCGAUUUUUCAAAAGCAUAUGUGACUUCCUUCACAUGAUGCUGCUUCCUUCAGCCCUAAUCCUCAUGUUCCUCCAUUUCGGUUUGAUUUCUACCAACCUAGAGAGCAAACGAGAACUAAUUAUAGAUUUCGAACCUAUGAUUAGAACAUAUUUUACUGACUUUCAGGACUAGGGCAGGACGUGCAAACAACAGCAGAAACCCAAGGAAGACCUUCAAAAUGCCCAAAACUCGUCGAUUCUGUCGUCGCAGGUUUUUUUUUUGUAGUUUAGAAGAUUAGAAAAGUGUUUUCGUAGUCAACGAUCAAGAAUGGCUUCUUUUUCGCGACAACAAAGUUUGGACGCUGCGCAACCGAAAGUUUGUCGACGAAGGAAAGUCUAUUCAAUCGGUCAGAAUGGUUUCAUCAGCCUAUCUUCAUCAAAUUUUUUCAGGUAUUCCCUCGAGGACCGCAAUUUGUCAACGCCACCGUUUCUUCCAACGGAAAAAUCCUUCUUUUCGUUGAGAGAACAAUUUAUGGCUACACUUUUGACGGUGUUACUUUCACGUUGGUUCACAGGAUGGUCAAUGAAACUCUAUAAAAUUUCAGUGAAUCUGACGGCUACCCGAAAGAGCUUCACGACCGCGUUCUGUUUUAUCCUCAAGCCGCGUUUCCUUUGAACAAUGGCAGCGUUAUUUUGCUCUCGGUAAAAUAUAAUUUGUUGAGAAUGUGUCGAAUAUUUUCAAUUCACAGGGAAAUGUUUUUGCAACAUACGAUGUGGAACAAAACGCACCAUCGUUUUUAAAUGAUAAACAAAGAUUCUUCCCUAAUCUACCAGAAGACCUUAAAUCUGGAGUACAGAAGCGAAUUGACAUCGAUGAUGCGUACUGGAUGUUUGACGAAGCCACCGUAAGUAAAUAAAACAGUUAGUUAUAGCUGAUCCAUCGCUAGCCUGAGCCAAUACUUGGUCAUGAUCUCGACAUGAAACAGUUUGAGAAAAGGCGUUUUUAGACUUUCUGUAAUAUUUUUUUUCAAGUAAACAGUAAAAAAGUAGGUAAAAUGCUUUUUCCUUUCUAACUAGUCUUUCAGAAUCACUUUUUAUUAUCUAUUAUCCAAAAAAUACUUCUACAAUGGCUAAAUGUGAUACUUGCAGGUCUCCGACUACGACAUGGUCAGCAAACAAGUGCUCCAACUUCAAAACGUGGAGACCUUCCUUAACUGUACAUAA